GGUCUCCCGGCUGACAGGAGCGGAGCCGCCGCUGUCGCGCAUGCGCCGUGGGGAGUGCGCGAGGGAGUGUGGAGCAAGGAGGCCAACGCCGCUCCUCAGUCGGUCUGUGGGCGGGUGGGCGGGCGGAGAGGCCCGGAGCGGUGGGCGCCAUGUCUGGCGGGGGCUCCUGCGCGGGGCCGGGCCCUGGGGCCUGCGGCGGGGCGGGGGCGGCCUCCUCGUCGGCUUCGUCCCCUAGCGGCGCCGGCGGCCUGUCGAUGUUCCGGUGGCUGGAGGUGCUGGAGAAGGAGUUCGACAAGGCCUUCGUGGACGUAGACCUGCUGCUGGGCGAGAUCGACCCGGACCAGGCGGACAUCACCUACGAGGGCCGGCAGAAGAUGACCAGCCUCAGCUCCUGCUUCGCCCAGCUCUGCCACAAAGCCCAGACCGUCUCCCAGAUCAACCACAAGCUCGAGGCCCAGCUAGUGGAUCUGAAAUCUGAACUGACUGAAACACGGGCUGAAAAAGCAGUAUUAGAAAAAGAGGUGCAUGACCAGCUAUUACAACUUCAUGCUAUUCAGCUUCAACUCCAUGCCAAAACUGGACAGAGUGUUGACUCAGGGGCAAUCAAGGCAAAACUGUCUGUCCCUUCUGUGGAGGACCUGGAAAGAGAACUAGAAGCCAACAAAAAAGAAAAGGUGAAAGAAGCUCAGCUUGAAGCUGAGGUGAAGUUACUUAGGAAGGAAAAUGAAGCACUCCGCCGACAUAUAGCUGUGCUCCAGGCUGAAGUGUAUGGAGCAAGACUUGCAGCCAAAUACCUGGAUAAAGAACUGGCAGGAAGAGUUCAGCAAAUUCAGUUACUAGGAAGAGAUAUGAAAGGACCUGCUCAUGAUAAACUCUGGAACCAGCUAGAAGCUGAAAUCCAUUUGCACCGGCACAAAACUGUGAUCAGGGCAUGUCGUGGUCGCAAUGACUUAAAGCGACCCAUGCAAGCACCUCCAGGGCAUAACACAGAUUCCUUAAAGAAGAGUCAAGGUGUUGGUCCAAUCAGAAAAGUUCUCUUGGUUAAAGAAGAUCAUGAAGGACUUGGCAUUUCAAUUACCGGUGGAAAGGAGCAUGGUGUUCCCAUCCUCAUCUCUGAAAUCCAUCCUGGCCAGCCUGCUGAUCGAUGUGGAGGUCUGCACGUAGGAGAUGCUAUUCUAGCUGUAAAUGGAGUUAAUUUGAGAGAUGCCAAGCAUAAAGAAGCCGUAACUAUUCUUUCCCAGCAGAGAGGAGAAAUUGAAUUUGAAGUUGUGUAUGUUGCUCCAGAAGUAGAUUCAGAUGAUGAAAAUGUAGAAUAUGAGGACGAGAGUGGCCAUCGUUAUCGUUUGUAUCUUGAUGAAUUAGAGGAAGGUGGAAAUUCUGCUUCCAGUCGAAAAGAUGGAAGUGGAGAUGUCAAAUCAUUACAAGUGUUUGAGAAGAAAGCAAGUAUUGAUGGUCAUGAAAAUGGAGACCUUGGAAAUUCUGUUGACACCGAAGAAACUGUAUCAAAACUAGCCCAGUCUGCUGAGAGCUUAGCCUAAAAAUCCCAACACCUAAAUCAACAUGGGACUACAUCUUUCCACAAGAUGGGUUAUAGCUGUUCUACAUAAUAUAAAUGGCAUAGAAAGUUUUAAAGAAGGACAAUUAAAAGAUAAAAGGAAGCUGCAUUACUGUUGCCUGAAAAAAAAACUAUUCAUUUGGUUCACCCAAAGCUUCAUGAUGAGCCAAUCUAAACAUGUAAAUGUCCCAAUUUUCUAAGAAAUUGCAUGUCAAACGAAUACCCAUGAAAUGUAAGCACCAAAGCAUGUUUUUCCCAAUGGCAUUUCUUUUAAUAUGGUAUAAUUUUGGAUCGUGUCUAUAAAAAGGUACUAGAAUAGUUCAGAAGAACUGUUGAUAUGUGUUCCUCUGAUGAAUGGCAAAAACAAAACAUUACAUCAUUUGCUUCCUCAGUUAUGAGGAAAGCGUGACUAUUCUAUUUUAUAUUUCUGACUUAGCUAGCUAAUUUAAAUUACAUCUUUUAAAAUCUGAAUGGCAAAAAUGUCAUUCUGGAUUGCCACAAGAUACAAAAAUCAGACACACAGUUACAUAUUAUGAGUUAAAUCUCUGAUUUAGAUCUUAGUGAUCUGUUUAUUCAUGAAAUUGGGUGCAAUUCAUUCUGCCCUCUGUGACCUCCUCAGUCAAUGCUGGAUCUGAAAUACUCUUUAAAAGUAUUUAAACAAAUACUUAUAUUACUAUUAAAGUGUAAACAAGUAUAAAAUUGGCCUGCUGGAAUUAAGCCUGCCCUUGGCUUUGUAUGAGGCUAACAUACAGUUGAUACUGUUGAGUGGGUACCAUUCCAUUCUAUCUGGCCUGACUGAGGGUCGCUUCAGAUGCCUCCUCUUCCCACUACAUUGGAUGUAUGAUUUGUAGUUGCCAUUCAGUGUUUUGAGACCUGGGUGGCCUGCAGAACUUCUAGUUCCACUGUUAUUUUUGACAAUGUGCAAACAUCUGACUCCUUCAGAGCUUGGUAGCACUCUGUUUCACACAUGACCAGUUCACAUGAGGGGCAAUUGCAGGGAUUAUUGUGCUUCGGGUGCUUCUGGACAAUGUCUUCAUUGUAAUAUGGCAAUAUUCUUUAUAGGCAUGAAGAAUGGCAUUCAGGUCUUUUGUUAAACUUCUCUGUAAGAGGAGAGUCACAUGACUUCAAGCAUGGGAGGAUAGCAAGAAACUGAUGAGCAUAUUUUAUGCCCUGAAUCUCUGUUAGUAGUUAUGUGAUUGCUUUAGCACAGGAUUUAUCAUGCCACCCUUCCACCUAUUUUUUGCAGAUUUCUGGCAUUAUGGUAAGACAACAUUAAAAUGAGUGACCACAUCAUCACUGCCUUAAAAUUACUCCCAAUGACUCUAACCACAUCAAGUGCCAGUUGCCAGUAGGCUCCAGUUAAAUUAUUAAGAGAGAACCUCCAGUGUGGGGAAUAAGGUUAUCUUUCGUGUGUUAGGACCCUAUAAAACCCUGAUUUUGUGCCAUUAGAACCAUUAUGGGAAGAAUUCUCUUGCAGUGAGGUAGUAGUAAUUGUUACCAAUCAGCGUUGUGUCAGCACUAUAUUAAGGGGAUUAUGUGAAUUGGUCCUGAAUAAUUGGAAGAGAAGUGUAUGUCCUGUAACAUGACGCUAGUUACUGUGCCAGAUCAGGCAACACAUUUGUGAUUCCUGAAUUCUAGCCUGCUAGGUGGACUUCGACUCCCAGAAGCCUCAGCUGCCUUACCCAGUGAUUGGGUUCUGGGAACUGAAGUCCAAAACACCAGAAAGACUCAAGUAUGAGAAGCACUAAGGUAAGACUAGUACUUCAAUAAAAUACACACUUUUAAAAAAGAAAAUCUCCAAUAUUGCAAAAUACCACAUUUGAAGACCUAAGGUAUUUUCCAAAGACAUUGAUAAAAUGAUUGAUGUCCUGGGUAGAUUCUUCUAUUGUUAUGUAUGUGUUUGCGUGUAUAUAUAUACAUAUGUACCUUACUAGAAUGCACACUCUCUAUAUGCAAACAGUUACAAACCAUGUAAUAGCUUUUGUUGUUAUAGGAUAAAGCAUGAAAUGCCUGCUCUCCAUUCACUGUUUUGCAGGCCAUUAAACUAUAACAAGUAAAGAUGUAUUUUGAGAGUGGAAAUAAUGUAAAAUGAAACUUUGUGUUUUUUUCUAUAGGAUGUACAUACCUGAAGGGUGAAAUACUUUUAGUGCAAUGUUAGUUAAUCUACUGUUUAGUGUUUAAAAUGUUGUCUUGUUGAGCACAGUUAAACUUGUCUCUUCUAGGUGCACUUAUAUAUAUGUUUAUAGAGCUAUCUUAAAAAUGUAAAUACUUUAUGCAAAGAUUUUGCUAUUUAUAAAUUCUUUAAACUGUUGCUCAUAAAAUAAUUUUGUCGGUCGUUCUGCUCACUUGCUCAUGGAACUGUAUUUCAUUUGCAGUACAUUUUUAUAACUGCUCCUUUAAUACUGUAUAUUAAAGUAAUCAAACCAUAA